CACGAAACUACAAGUUGAUUGAGUGAUGUUUGCAGCUUAUUUGAGUCACAAGCCACCGUUUGCUUUCACUGCACUGCCUUCAAUCAUUUGGAACUCAGCUAUUCAUCUUACUUUGCUUUUCCUCAUUCGCUCUCGAUUGCUUCGUCUCCUUCGUCACCUCCUCGCAAAACAAGGAACCUCCAUGGAUUGAUUUCUUUAUACUCUCAUCACUCAUGGCUUCUUCUUAUUCCUCUUCCCCCUCCUCGGAAUCGCCGCCUCGCUGUUGCAGCCAUGGAGGAUCUGAACACUCUCGCUGCUGAUUGCGUCGUGAUCUGCUGCUGCUGUCAGUGCCUGAUCCUGCAGAUCCUGGUCUUCGCUCUGCUCAGGCUUCCCGCCAAAUUGGCGAAGAGAACCAGAGAAUUUGCCAAGAGGAAGUUGAAUCAAAGGAGAAGGACAUCAUCAUCGAGGGAGAUCGGUUCGUUUGGUGAUGAGAUGGUGAGAAUUAAGGAGGAAGAGUACUGUGUUAGGGCUGAAGCAGAGAGAAUAGAGAGGGGUUUUGGAGACGACGAUGAAGAUGAAGAUGAAGAUGAAGGAGGACGUGAUUGUGAGAGGUGUAUAGAGGAAGCAGAGGUGAUGAUGGAGUUAUAUGAGAAAGGAGAAUUAGGGUUUGGGAGCUUCGGGGGGGGAGGAAGGCAAGGGGAAGUAGAGUCUUGUUGUUCAGUUCCCGCCAUUAAUGCGAGUACUGUGAGUCUGAAUCAGAUCGAGGAUGAAGAAGAUGGAGGUGAUCAUUUUGUAAAAUACAAAAUAAUCCAAAUGGCAGGUUCAUUUCCCAACACAUAAAUCAGUAUACUGUGCUUCUUUUUUAAAAUAAAAUUAACCGAAAUAAGGUUAUUGAUUGAUAGAAAACUUAGCCGGAAAUCAAUUGAAUGAAAUGAAAUAGCUUAAAUAUUUUUUAUGUACAUUUAUCAAAAUACCCUUAUUAAAAAAAUUUCUCCUCGUGGUCAUUGUGGUAAGGGCAUUUUGGUAAAAGUAGUUCCAAACUUGUUUAGAAUUAGGGAGAAUGACAAUUAAGGACCUGCUAAGAACAUUAAUUCUAAUUACGGACCGUGAAAUUUUGAAAUUCGAGUUAAGGACAUGGUCCUUAAUUGUGAUAAAAAAAAUAAAAUUUGUGAGGUGAGAUUCAUUAUUGCCACUUGAGA